AUGUAUCCCGAGCACCCUACGUCAGAAUUACCAGAACCAGACAUAGAACUCGUCUACCAUGCAGCUUCUGUGGCCAAUUCAACUGCACAUCCUGCAGAUAUAAAGGGAGUGCAGGGUAGUGUGCUAGAAGCAUCUCAAGCAGCCUGUGAAGGAGUAACUGAACUUGAUCAACUGCAUGCAAUGGCCUCCUUCAAGCUCAGACAUGUGUGCCUUACAGUGGUGAUCCUCUCCAUUGUUGUCUCCAGUUGCAGAGGGCAAGGAGGGGGAGCAGGUGGUGCUGCAAUAGUUCCAGGAACACAGGAUGCAGUUCAGAUUGUGGCACAAGCUGCUCUCUGCUUUGACAAUAGACAAGUGAUCAACGGGUGCCUGCAAUCAAUGGGCAUCAACGUCACCGGCGGCGCCGCCACCACCAACACGUCGGCAUCGGCUCCGGCGCCGGCGCCGGCGGCGGUGGGGAACGGCUCGACGGCGGCCAUUUGCAGCGCGCCAUGCUUCGGGCAGAUGAACAUGAUGAUGGGCUGCGUGAACGGCAUCUUCAGCAACUUCGUCGGAUACAGCCCGGGGCUCAUGCAGGGCGUCCAGGCCGUCUUCCAGAUGUCCUGCGGCAACGUCAACGGUCAGGGCGGCGCCGGCGGUGCUUCUGGUGGCGCCACCGGCGGCGGUGCUACCGGUGGCGGCGGCACUGGGUCGACCAGUGUUUCUUCUACCUCAGGCUCACACGUGGCGGUAGAGCGUCCAGGUUAUUCGGCCAGCGGAGCAGCUGGGCCCACUGUCAGUCUCACGAGCAUGCUAUCUUCUCUGCUAAUCGUCUGGGCUGGCCCAAUGCUGGUGGCCUGAUGCUGUAUAUCUAGCUUUCGACAGGCGACAAAUGAAAGAACGUUGCAGAAGAAAUUAAGAUCAAACAUGUGCUGUGUUUUCCUUCUCCUGGAUAGUGAAUUGUAGCAUAUUGAUAUUUAAUUUUCCGCCACCAGUGCUGAUUUCAUGUAACAACAAAUCUGUAAUUUGUGCGUCUUAUGAUUUGACGAAUAAUAAAUUUGAUCGA